UCAGCCAGGGAGGCAUGAAGAUAACGAGCGAUAAAUGGGAUACAUCGCUCGAAUAAGGAAGAGGACGGAGGACGCACACUGCUAUGCUGCACUCUAGACAGAAUGGGUGAGCAUCAGACCUACGUUAAGCUCAGUGAAGAGAAACUUAUUCCAAAGUCUGACAUCUUGUCACUGCUGAGGACCUACAACUGUUACCACGAAGGCAAAAACUUCCAGCUGAGGACGCGUGAGGAAGAAGGAGAGUUCAUCCUCGAGGGAUUGCUGAACAUCUACUGGGGUCUUCGUCGACCAAUCAGACUUCAGAUGUAUGAUGACAAUGAAAGACUCUGUCUGAACCGAAACGAUAGAUCUGCUUUGGCAUCGGGAGAAUCAAACAAUAAUUCACUUGGCAGGGAAACUGGACCAGCGAGUGAUGACAUGGGUGGUCAGGAAGAGGAGGACUCUCCUCAGCUGCUGAGGACCAGGAGCGACGCUUCCUUCAUGCGUGUUCAGAGGAGGUCAAAGACUCACACUGCCAGAGACCUGCAGCGCCUGCGCACACACAGGUUCUCGAUCAACGGACAUUUCUACAACCACAAGACAUCUGUGUUUACUCCAGCUUAUGGUUCGGUCACUAACGUACGAGUAAACAGCUCCAUGACGACGGCACAAGUCCUCAACCUGCUGCUACACAAGUUUAGGGUGGAGAAUACAUCUGAAGAGUUUGUCCUUUAUAUGGUGCACGAGUCUGGAGAGCGGACCCGCCUGAGGGAUGGUGAAUACCCUCUGGUGGCUCGCGUGCUUUUUGGCCCCUGUGAGAAAAUCUCCAAGAUCUUCCUAAUGGAGGCCGACCUGGGGGAGGAAGUCACAUACGAUGUGGGUCUGGGUCUCCUGCCACCACUCUCUCUGUUCUCUCAUCUCAUUCAUGAUGACUAACCCAUUUUUCU